ACCAUAGAGUAGGGGAGGCUUUGGGGCGGGGCUAUACUCUGAUUGACAGGUCUCCAUCAGCUAUGGCCUCCAUACGUUAGAGAGGUUUAAUCUUAAUAAGAACACCUGCAUGUUAACAGGAAUAAUGAACAAGUUAACAAUUAUGUGAUUUGUCUUUUUCGAUUUGAGGUUGAAAAUCUUGAAUGUUGGAGAACGCAGACGUCCUCCGUGUGUAUAAUGUAGCAGAAAUCUUCCUCUCGUUGGGGUCAUUGGUUUCUUCAUGGUCCUGACAUGAAAAAGAGUCGACUCGUGGUGUAGAUUUUACACUUAGCGUCGGAGCAACGGUGAGCGAGACCGAGAUGAAAUCUCUCCAGCUUCAGAACUUUCUGACCACGAUGCACCGCGUGGAGUUUCCCUCCCCGACUGUUCCCUCUAUUAAUCAGGGCGGGGAGGCUGCCAAUGGUCCACUUAGGGCCGCAGAGGGUGACGGAUGAGGUGUAGCGAGGUGACGAGAGGAGCCUCCCAGGGCUUUGUGAUAACUUGUUCCUCUAACCGGCUGUCUGGAGUCGGGAACUUGUCUUUUAUUUUGAAAUGUAGGCUGAUACCAGAGACACAGUGCGUGGAAACCAAUCAUUUAAACAUUUAUUGUCAUAUGAGAGCUACCAAUGUUCUCUGGUGUUCUUUUGUGGAUUCAACAGGAACGUAGAACGCUGGAAUCCCACUGGAGUGACUUGUAUCCCUCUGGGAUCUGAUUCCACUCAUUUUAACUGGUUCAUUCCAAUAAUCUUUUGUACUUUGUUAUCUGAAUGCAUUCAAAUGCGUCCUGUGGCGUUUGGGUCUAAACUUCAAAUACAUUCUGCAGUUUAGCCUCAUUUGAACCGACAUCCUCUGCUGUUUUAACCUCCUUUAAACGUUACACGAUGACGUCAUCGACAGACACACACACACACACACACACACACACACACUCUGCAAACCACGGAGCUUCCUGAUUGGCUGAGGGAGGGGGCCUGGCAUUGCGGAGCUGAGUUAGAAAAGGGGAGGGCAGCGAGUUAUCUCAAUCACACACUCACACACUCACACACACACACUGACACACACACUCACACACACACUGACACACACACUCACACAGCGAUGAUGCUCUCGGCCAUCUUUCCCCGUUUGGUGUCGUGCAAUCUGUUUUGGCUGACGUCUGAACCACACUGCAGCUCAGCUCAAUGAUACCGGCCCACACACACACACACACACACACACACACUCGGGCAUCAGUCAGGCGUUUCCCAGCCUCCUUCGUGGUCGUCUGUGCGUCAGUGUCUCGUGCGUCAGGUGUGAUCUUUCUCUCGGUUAGCGUCGCUGUCGUUCGUCGUCUCUCUCUGGUUCUGCUGGUUGAGUCGGUGCCGCUUGGAUCCGAAGAACCCAAUCCUGCGGUGGGACCCGCUCGCAGAAGCCUCAAAAGCCCCGCAGGCCAGAAAGUCUGAAUUCUACAAGCAAAGCCUCUAUUUAGAGGUCUGUGCAGCACAUAUCUUCAGUUUAUAGACCGAUCCGAAAACCUCACGUUUAUCGUCUUCUCUCCCAGACCUUCAGUUAGGUCAAGCUUCCACACGAAGGUUAUCAACCACCUGCAGAACCCAGGUCACCACCUGACAUCUUUCCUACAGCCCUGAACCCCGUAAACCGGACUUCUGGUGUCCAGACCUUCCAGUCUAUGAGUUAGAUUCAGCACCGCUUGUAUUACAUGGACCAGAGCUUUGUCCUCCACUGGAUACGUUGAUCUCAAUAGGUUUCUCUUAAUGUGCUGCAGUAUUUAAGUAUGUUAGUAUUUGAAAGUACCCGGAGAGCAGAAGCGACAGCUGCGAACUCGCAGCCACUAAAGAAGAUGUUUAGAGACUUUAUCUGAGCUCCUCAGUCCCAGUAAGAUGUCAAUGUUCCUGUCGGUGGGGCUUGAGAUGAAUAAAGUCUCCAGGUACUUUCUUCAGAGCUUUGUGUGGUCGCUGUUUGCGUUGCCGCUGUCCUUAUUGGGGUGAACUGGCUCUAAGGCGUCAUCAUUUCACCCAAUCACAAGCCUGCAGCCUUCACCCGCCGCCACAGCCUCCCAUAAUGCACUCGUUAAUAUAUUCAUGGCAAAUACGAUUAGGAGGGACGGAGACGGGUGAGGGAGGCGAGAGCAGACGAGGAAGGAAGCUUCCACAGCAGCGAGGAAAGGGAACACGUGACACCAUGAGCCAGUGGAAGCAGGCGGGAUGUGGUCUGAAGCAGUGACAUUAUGACCCUGGUCAGAUGCAUUCUGGGAUGAGACCAUGUGCUCAGAUGUUCUGUCCAGUGGACCAAUCUGAGAGAAGAAAGACGACUUCUUCUCCUUCCUGGAGCUCCUCACACACACACGUUAAUCUCGUUAAUCUUCAGUGGGAUUAUUGAUGAAUUCAGUCCUAAAUCUGCUCUCCAACGUCUCUGCCAACGCCGCAGUGCAACAAUCAGCAGUUUAACCUGCAGAUUAACGCGGCUCUCUCAGCACUUGGCCCCAAAACAUCAACGCGCUGAUGGCGUCUGUUGCUUUGUUUCUGCUGUGAUAGAAUCUGUGGAAAACAGAGAAAGUGAUGCAAAGAGACAUCCGAGAGCACGAGGAGGAAGGACGCAGGAAAUGAGUGAAGAGGAAUAAAGACGAGGGGGCGCGAUUCAAAGUUCAUAAUAAGAUAUUUGUACGUUUCCUGAACUGUUCUUCCUGCGUGGAUCUCACCUGCAGCUCAGAGGCAUUUGACGCCUUCUCACGUGAGACAUGGAGUAUAAUAAUUAUGGAGGUUCUCGAGGUCGAUAAGGUUUCUCCUCUUGGUGGUUUUGUAGUUUUUUCUGCAGGUGCAUCUCUGUGGCCCAUCAUAAAUCAUCUCAACAAUGACUGGGGGACGUUGUAAUGAUACUUUCGUGUUCCCCAGAGGAUGAACCAACCCUGGUGAUCACCUGGAUGUCUGGACCGCUGCUGUUUGGAUCUUCAUCAAAUCUUUGGCUGAAUGAUUAGUGCUGAUUGAAUGUUAUUCUCAGAUCUUCUCUUUUGAUGACGACGUUUUACCUCUAAAUGAAAAUCCACUUCCUGAUUGGCCUGAAUUAAGUCCAGGAUUAAAUCCCGCCCCCACUCGCGCUGAAUGAUUUCCUCGCUGCGUCUCUUCACCUGAGGUCACGGACUCGUCCAGCGAAACCGGUUGGUCUCAAUUAGUCUUCAAACCGCUUCCCUCUCAUCGGCCUCAGACAUGUGUGAGAUCCUCAGAAUUACCCAUAAUCCUUUAUUCCCCCGGGCGCUCGCCCUUUGCCUGCUUCCUCGAAGCAGUGGAAGAGUUUUGCUCUGUGAUGAGAAGUCUUCUUCUUUGAAAACAAUUGACGGAAGUGAAGAGGAGUGAAACUUUUAUUCUGGAGGAGUUCAGUAUUCACCUCUUUGGCCUGCAGACACUGACCUGGGGUCAGUUGUGUUUCUGUCUGUUCUGUUUGCUUGAGAAGGUUUCCCUUUUCCACUUUACUUAUAAUAUCAAUAAAAUGUGCGUCUGUGGCCUUUUAAAACAACAUGAAAACACAUAGAACACAGAGGAAUACAUCUAAUCUAAACCGCCCUCAAACCUCUCAAUGGCAUUAAUAUAUUAUUAAUAUCAUCUAACCAUGAGACAUCCAAGAAGGUGAUGAUUCUCCAGGGGUGUUUGUUCUCCUGAUGAUUCAUACUCCAACUCUGUCUUUUCUUUCUGUUUUUGGUCUCCACCUCCAGGCAAAGGGAGGAGGUGGUGCAGACCAAAAGCGUAGCUAAAAAGAUCCAUGUUCUCUGCUUUCCCACACUGAGCCCAGCAGAUGAUGAGGAGGUGUUCUGGUUCUGUUUCUGCAGCCGGGGCGGGGGGCAAGGCGGGCUGGGCCUUCGGCCUGGGCCUGGAGCGGCUGGCCAUGGUCCUCUACGGCAUCCCCGACAUCCGGCUCUUCUGGAGCCGCGACGAGCGCUUCCUGGGACAGUUCAGGGUGGAGGAGGUCCAUCAGCCCGUCUGCUUCCAGCCGCUCAGUAAGUACCCCCCCCUCCUUAACGACAUCUCCUUCUGGCUGCCGGAGGACAGAGGCGACUUCGCGGAGAACGACUUCUACGAGCUGGUCCGCUCCAUCGGGGGCGACCUGGUGGAGAAGGUCUCGCUGGUGGACCAGUUCACACACCCAAAGUAGGAAAACACGCACACUUUAAACAACUAAGAAACAACAGAAAAAAGCUUUAAUAACCGAGAAAUCACACCAACAAAGGAGAUUGAGGCGAGGGGCAAAGGUCACUGGUGGAGGAUGAAUGUGUCACACACACGGACACACACACACACACGGACACACUUUGUACGGUCAGAAACACAGCUGUCCUUGAUGAACACCUUUGAGCUCAGUGAUGACAUCUCAUGUUUGAAUGUGUGUGUGUGUGUGUGUGUGUGUGUGUGUGUGUGUG